AUGGUUACUGUUGCAGUUGCAGGCGGUACAGGCAAGGUCGGCCGAACUCUCGUGGAGGCUAUUGUUGCUGCAGGAGAACAUAAAGUUGUUAUCCUCAGUCGAGAGGAAAACAAGGCACUAGAAGAAGAGAUUGGAGCUCCUGUCUUGGCCGUGGAUAUUCACAAUAUCGAUGCCCUGACUCAGCUCUUUGAAAAGCACAAUAUACACACAGUCAUUUCGACACUUGGCAUGAACGGACCUGAGCCUAUCGAAAUUGAUAUUAUCCGUGCGUCAGAAGCAUCCCAGGCAACAAAACGAUUCAUCUCAAGUGAUUGGGGUCUUCCCCAUACAGAAGAGCAUGCAGCUCAAGCUAAUUCAGCAAGCAACAAACUCCGUGCUCAAGAUGAGCUACGCAAGACAAAUCUCGAAUGGACCUCCAUCCAUAUCGGCUUCUUUCUCGAUUUCUGGGGCUCCCCUAAAUCAGCAGCGAAAUCGAACUUGCACACUCCUUCAACCUUUGUCGAUAUCAAACAUCGAGCUGCUGCCAUCCCAGGAUCUGGAGACGUUCCCGUUACGUUUACGUAUAGUCGAGAUGUAGCCAAGUUUGUUGCUGCACUUCUCGACCUUGAUAAAUGGGACGAAGCAACGUAUAUCAUUGGUGACAAAGUCACGUUCAAUGAGUUGGUAAAGAUUGCAGAAGAAGCUACAGGUGACAAGUUCAACGUUGUUUAUGAUAGUGUUGAGACGCUGGAGAAGGGAGAGUUGAGUGAGCUGCCAGGCCAUGAGGCGAUGUUUGCCAACAUUCCUGCUCCCAAGGCUGUCAUGAAAAAGGUGAUGUCUGCCUAUGGUUUGUGGGCAGAGACUGGUGGCUUCAACUUGGAUGAGAGCAAGGCUCUGAACAAGGCCUUCCCUGAUAUCAAGCCCAUUACUGUUCGGGAAUUUCUGGAAGAUGCUUGGGGUAACGAGAAGAAAUAG